AUGGAGCGCUCCCUGCACCGCGUCUCCCUCGGGAGCCGGCGUGCCCACCCGGACCUGUCGUUCUACCUCACCACCUUCGGUCAGCUGAAGCUGUCGAUUGAUGCCCAGCACCGGGUUCUGCUGCUGCACAUCAUAGAAGCCAAAGGCCUGAUGAGCAAACAACCUGGCACCUGUGAUUCCUAUGUGAAGAUCUCUUUGGUCCCGGAAGAUAACCAUCGACUCCGCCGCCAGAAGACGCAGACUAUCCCAGACUGCAGAGAGCCCGUCUUCCACGAGCGCUUCUUCUUUCCUGUCCACGAGGAAGAUGAACAGAAGCGCCUUCUGGUCACUGUGUGGAACGGGGCAGGUGACUCCAGACGGAGUGGACUCAUCGGCUGCAUGAGCUUUGGGGUGAAGUCCCUCCUGACUCCGGACAAGGAGAUCAGCGGCUGGUACUACCUUCUGGGCGAAGACCUGGGCCGGACCAAGCACCUGAAGGUGGCCAGGCGGCGACUGCGGCCCCUGAGAGAGCCGCCGCGGAGAAUUCCAGGAGGUGGGGACACUGAGAGUGGGGAGAAACUCAAGAUCACCAUCCCGAGGGGGAAGGACGGCUUCGGCUUCACCAUCUGCUGUGACUCUCCGGUUCGAGUCCAGGCUGUGGAUUCUGGAGGUCCGGCAGAGCGGGCAGGGCUGCAGCAGCUGGACACCGUGCUACAGCUGAAUGAGAGGCCUGUGGAGCACUGGAAAUGCGUGGAGCUGGCGCACGAGAUCCGGAGCUGCCCCAGUGAGAUCAUCCUGCUUGUGUGGCGCAUGGUCCCUCAGGUCAAGCCGGGGCCGGACGGCGGGGUCCUGCGGCGGGCCUCCUGCAAGUCAACACACGACCUCCAGUCACCCCCCAAUAAGCGCGAGAAGAACUGCACCCACGGGGCCCAGGCGCGGCCUGAGCAGCGCCACAGCUGCCACCUGGUGUGUGACAGCUCAGACGGGCUGCUGCUCGGUGGCUGGGAGCGCUACACAGAGGUGGCCAAGCGCGGGGGCCAGCACACCCUGCCCGCACUGUCCCGGGCCACUGCCUCCACGGACCCCAACUACAUCAUCCUGGCCCCACUGAACCCUGGGAGCCAGCUGCUGCGGCCUCUGUACCAGGAGGAUGCCAUCCCCGAAGAAUCAGGCGGUCCCAGCAAAGGGAAGUCCUACACAGGCCUGGGGAAGAAGUCCCGGCUGAUGAAGACGGUGCAGACCAUGAAGGGCCACGGGAACUACCAGAACUGCCCGGUCAUGAGGCCACACACCCCACACUCAAGCUACGGCACCUAUGUCACCCUGGCCCCCAAGGUCUUGGUAUUCCCGGUCUUUGUUCAGCCUUUAGAUCUCUGUAACCCGGCCCGGACGCUCCUGCUGUCUGAGGAGCUGCUGCUGUACGAGGGGAGGAACAAAGCAGUCGAGGUGACGCUAUUUGCCUACUCGGAUCUGCUGCUCUUCACCAAGGAAGACGAGCCGGGCCGCUGCAACGUCCUGAGGAACCCCCUCUACCUCCAAAGUGUGAAGCUGCAGGAAGGUUCUUCAGAAGACCUGAAAUUCUGUGUGCUGUAUCUAGCAGAGAAGGCAGAGUGCUUAUUCACUUUGGAGGCGCACUCGCAGGAGCAGAAGAAGAGAGUGUGCUGGUGCCUGUCGGAGAACAUCGCUAAGCAGCAACAGCUGGCGGCCUCGCCCCCGGAGAGCAAGAAACUCCACCCUUAUGGCUCUCUCCAGCAGGAGACGGGGCCUGCCAACUCAACCAAUGCUACCCAGGAUAGAAGCUUUACCUCAUCAGGACAGACUCUGAUUGGCUGAGCAAACCCAAGGGCGGGACUCUGCUUCUGGCAACUUAACCCUUUCUUGGGCAUCCCCUACCACACAGUAACCUCACCUCAACUGGACCCAAAACGGAGGACCAAGAUGGUGGGCCUAGGGUCAUCUGAAGGGAGUGGCCCCACGGGUGUGUGUGGACCGGCAUCACAGAGGCCCUGUGGGCACACGCAGACUGGCAUCAGAAGGUCCCAAAUGGAGAAGACUCAAACUUGUUCCCUACAAGGAAGGAGGAGAAGACGUAGCAUCUGGGCUCCCUGUGGUUCCAGUGCCUGCCUAGGGGGCAACAGGAGAGAGGUUGGCAGAGGGCAGCCCUGUUGGAGAACCAAGUCAUCGUCCUCCACUGCCAGAAGAUAUCUCCACUCAUUCACUUAGUUUUCAUCUGUACUCAUUCAUUCAUUUCUUCAUUCAGCGGAUAUUUUGGGGACAUCCACUUUAUGCCAGGCUCUGGGCUAGGAGCUGGGGAUUCUGUGGAGAACGAGGUGGUCACGGCCCCCGAUUUUAUCAAGAUUUCAGUUCCUGUAGGAGAGGGAGCAUUAAAUAGAUCAACACCAACACAUACACACAUGCACACACGCGAUUACAAACUGAUCACCUAUGAAGACAAAGAUCCUUUUAAGAGAGAAUAUUAUUUAGAUUACUGUGGGGGGGGGGUUGUGGGAGGGGGAUGGGCAGGGACUCUAUCAUAACUUUGAAGUUGAGACCUGCAGGCCAGCAAGGGGUUAGCCAGUCAAAGACUUUGGAAGGAGUGUUCCAGCAAAUGGAACAGCCCGUGGAGAGUACCUGAGAUGGGAAGGAGCUUGGCGUGUUGGGACCAACAGAGGCCAGGCCAGUGUGGCUGGAGAUGAGUGGUGAGGUGGACCAGGUGUAUUCGUUCUCGAUGCAGUGGGAAGCCAUUGGAGGCUUUGAGAAAGGGAGUCAGUCUCAGGUACAUUUCUAGAAGAUCAGAGGGCCCAAGGAGGCACCCAAGCCGGUGUGAAGAGAUCAGUUAGGGGGUCCCCUCAUUCUUCCAGGUGAGGGGCAAUUGUGGCCUGUCCUGGGUAGUGCUUGGGGAGGUAGGUAUGUGAAUUUCUAGACCCUCAGAUACAGUGGAGGCCCUGGGAUGAGAAGAGAGGACUCCCUGCCCCCCAUCUCCCCUUGUUCUCCUCUACUUUGUCUUGCUCUCUCAGUGACCUGCUAGGACCUACUAAGGGACAGUGAUUGGAGCCCAGCCGGCUCACUGCCUGGAGCCCAGGGUUGGAUAGCUCUCAUUCCCUUCUCUAACUGCCAAGACCUAGAGGGAGGGAAGCCCAAGGUCACGGGACUGAGUGACAGAGCUCGUACACAAAAGAUACAUAUAGGAACCAUGGUCACCUGCAUAGAAAAGGGGGUCAAAGAGGCUAGAGAGAUAGCUCAGACCAGAAAAGCCCCUGGACCUUGGUUGGUCUCUACAUAGCAUCCUAGAAGACCUUCUCAGUGUCUUUAGAGAGGGCUCUUAUGCCUGGUGAGGAUGCCCAGCUGCUGGGGCCACUUGAACUCCAAGAAGGAUGGCCCAGAAGAGAAUAUGUCCGUCACCUCCUAUUUAGGCAAGAUCAGACACCCCCUGAACAGGGGAUGGGAUGAAUCUGCCAGCCACCAGGCCAAUGCCCCCACCCAGCAGGGGAUUAGGCUGGGCCUGCGGCGGGGCAACUGAUACCCAGCAUCUGUCGGCCAGGACUCAGCCCGCAGGGUUAAUUCUGAGAGGCGGAGUGGCUGCCUCCAUACAGACAGCAAGCUGCACUUUGAUUUCAUUUGAUUCCCUUAUAAAAUGACAUUAAGGGGAAUGUGAGGCCCAGGAGACUCGCCUGUCUGGGAAGGCAGCAAGCUUGACUCUCCCGGACCUGGUGACCUACCUCUGUCCACCAGACAGGUGCAGAGGACAGGCGCUCUGGCCACAGUGAAAUGGAGAAUCAGAACACAACCCGGAGCCCUGGGGACAGGGCUUUCCUCCCAGCCGGUCCCAACACGCUGCUGACUUGGGGUGCUAGUCCUGGCUGCUGCUGGGGGGCGUGGACGUCAGCUCCUAGAGGGCCUGGGCUGGUCUUCCCGGUGACUGUGGUGAGCCACAGCGCCGCUGCUGCUCUGCCUCUUCAAUCAAUGGGACAAUUCAUUUGGCUUCCUGGGCUGGAGAAGAUGAAAUAUGAGCGGGUGGCUGCUGCUCCUCGGCAUCGCGGUCCGUCCUAGCCAUCCAGGAUGAUGCACACCCUAUCGAAAGUGCAUCGGAGAGUCAUGAUCACGGGAAACAUGGCUGGGCCCCGCCCUCCACAUAAAUCAUGCUGAGAAGCCUACACAAUGGUCUCCUUCCUGACGGUCCAAUUGUCUUGCUUUGGUGUCUGGGGCCGGGGAGCCGGGGAGGAUGGGAGCACAACCAUUUAUUGUUGAAAAGGCCAUCUGUGCGAUUUGAAUACAAAGUGAUCCCUUAAGUUCCCUUCA